GGACUCUGCGCCCUCCCGGACUCCUCCCAGUCUGUGGGUCCUUCAGAGAUGCGGCUGCCUUGGUGGCAGUUGCCCAAACGCAGCUGCCUGUUUGCCCACUUCUCUGCCUUAGUUCUGGGGUGUCGGGACGCACUGGAGUCCAGCAAUGCAGCCAGGACCAGCGCUGCGGGCCGUGUUGCUGGCUGUGCUGCUGGCAGAACCGCGGGGUUCGAAAGGUCGCCUGCUGAGCGGGCAGCUGGUCUGCCGGGGAGGGACUCGGAGGCCCUGCUACAAAGUCAUUUACUUCCGUGAUGCUUUUCAAAGACUGAACUUUGAGGAAGCCAAAGAAGCCUGCAGGAGAGAUGGGGGAAAGCUAGUCAGUAUCGAAACAGAAGAUGAGCAGAGACUGAUAGAAAAGUUCAUCGAAAACCUCUUGGCGUCUGAUGGUGAUUUCUGGAUUGGCCUCAGGAGGCUGGAGGAGAAGCAUGGCAACAGCACAGCCUGCCAGGACCUUUAUGCUUGGACAGACGGAAGCACAUCACAAUUCAGGAACUGGUACGUGGAUGAACCUUCCUGUGGCAGCGAGGUCUGCGUGGUCAUGUACCAUCAGCCAUCGGCACCAGCGGGCAUCGGGGGCUCAUACAUGUUCCAGUGGAAUGAUGACCGGUGCAACAUGAAGAACAAUUUCAUCUGCAAAUACGCUGACGAGAAACCAAGUACAACACCUUCUAUAAGGCCUGGAGGUGAAGCAACUGAGCCAGCAACACCAUCACUUCCAGAAGAAACACAGAAAGAAGACAUCAAAGAAACAUUUAAAGAAAGCAGAGGGGCUGCUUUGAAUCUUGCCUACAUCCUAAUCCCCAGCUUGAUUCCCCUUUUCCUCCUACUAGUGGUCCUUUCAGCUGCAUGCUGGCUUUGCAUCUGCAGAAGGAGAAAACAAGAGCAGUCAGACCCUGGCACAAAGGAGCAACACACCAUUUGGCCCACUCCUCACCAAGAAAACAGCCCCAACCUAGAUGUUUACAAUGUCAUCAGAAAACAAAGCGAAGCCGAUUUAGCUGAGCCCCGGCCAGACCUGAAGAACAUCUCAUUUCGGGUGUGUUCUGGUGAAGCCACUCCCGAUGACCUAUCUUGUGACUAUGACAACAUGGCUGUGAACCCUUCAGAAAGUGGGUUUGUAACUCUGGCAAGUAUGGAGAGUGGAUUUGUGACCAAUGACAUUUAUGAGUUCUCCCCGGACAGAAUGGGGAGGAGCAAGGAGAGUGGAUGGGUGGAAAAUGAAAUAUAUUACUAAGACAUGUGAAAAAAAAAAAACAGCAAAAAUGAGAAAAGAAAAGCAAAAGCCUCCUGCUUCUUACAAGGAAAAUGUUCAGAACCUUUAUGAAAAUGCUAGAUCAGUUCUUAGGGUGAGCACAGAAUCUCCACAAGUUCCUCCUGGGUCCCCAGGUUCUGGCUGUACCCCUAUCCCAGAGCCUCCCCCAGCUCAGCCUGUGAGAAGGCACCUUGCCCAGGGGCUGCUAUACAGCAGACCCUCAGCAACUGUCAGCCACUGGGUCACAACUGAUGCUUUCACCAGUCCAGGGAAAGGUGUGACCAAGGAGCUUGGAAAGCUCCCUCUAGGUUCUGUUCUCCUUGCUCUCGACAGCAACACGUGCAAUCACAAAAAGACAGACACUGUGGAAUGUUUUCAAAGCCUAUGUAUGGAAGCUCCAGGCUGGCCUGCACAUCAACAAUUCCCAUAUCUGCCCCCUCACCCCCAAUAAAAUCCAAUAAAAAGCAGGAAGCAGAAUGUUAGUCAGUGUGUGUUUACAGCCCUUCCUUUGCAUGUGGCCUCAGG